AUGGCGUUUGAGGAGGAGGUGCGGACAGGGCGAGCGGAUACGAGGAGGGGGCUUAGCAGUGGCGGUGGUGGCGGCGGUGGCGGCGGUGGCGGUGGUGGAGGGCUUACGUUUCCUUUCACUGGCUGCCAAUCCAUCAAGGCUCAGUCAACCGCUGUGAGGGCCGACAGCAGCGCAGAAAAGAACAAGGGCCCGCUACAGAGCCCCCACUCCAGAGCCAUCACUCAUUCCCCAGCAGGCUCUGAACUCUGA